AUGGCGGACGAAACCGAACCUGUUCAGGAUCUGGCCGUCAAGGACAUCAGCUUCCCCGUUGACUACAGUUUUGUGAUCGAAUUCAUGGUCGGACAGGAGACGCCAGAAUUCGAAUACGACUCUCCUUCAGAAAGCUCUUCUGAUGAAAACCCGCGGCCCCCAAGACUUUGGGCCUGUCCUGUCAAAGAAAAAGACCCCAGCGCUGUUAUCCUGGAUAAGUGCAAAGAUUUGUUGGUGAGACAUGGCGAGUCCGUGGCUAUCUGUCGGGACCCUUCAUCUCCCGAGACGACCAUGGCAUAUUUCCCUGAAGAGGAUGGCCCGCCCAUGGGCUUAGGGGGCCACUGGUUCAUCGAACCCUCAGCCACCACUUAUCCAAGGCGACACAGCCCCGAGUCGUAUGAAUGGUUUGGCGUGCGGCUUCGCAGUCCAACCUACCGCGAGCCGGAACUUGUGGAUAAGAUGACUCCAGUUCAAUGGAUCCUUCGUUUGUUGCGAGCAACACUCGUGAUCCAUCUCAACUCGACGUGUAGAUUCAACGUUCACGUCAAACCCGCACUCAUGCCAAUCUCUCUGCUCACUGCCAAGAAGAUGACGACACUUGUGUGGGUUCUCGAAAAGGAGCUGCUUGAGCGCGUCUGCCCCAACUCUUACGGGUUGCCGUAUCCCCAUGUCAAAACAUUGGAAACGUGCUCUCGAAUCUCGUCUCUUGUCUGGUAUGGCUCUGGAGGAAGAUCCCGUCAACAAGAUCCCCUUAGGGCUGCCAUCUCGAAACAGCAUCUUCCCGACCUCCGCAACAUGGACCUUUUAACCAGGCUCGAACUCGUAUGGGAUGCUGGCUCAACCGACGAACUCGCCAAGGGCCUCCUUGGGACCAAUGGCGCUGCCACGUCGUUUGGUAUACGGCCUGUUGGAAAGUACACCCAUGGCCCCACGUUUGAGUUCGGCUAUAGCCUUUGGCAUCCUUACCGCGACCUGGACGCAUCCCAGUACUGGAUUGACUUGUCUAUACAUCUCCUACGGGCCACAGCGCGCAAUGCCGACAGCUUUAAGCAGUACAUCUCGCAGUUGGAUGACUUGAUACACGGCUUCUCAGUUAACAGCACGCCCUCUACGCAUCGAUGGAAAUCGCUCUUGUCGACGCUCGGAUUAACGGACGAAUGGUCUGCUCCUUGGGAGGCCAUCGUUGAUCACUACAAAGCUGGCCAUCGGCUGGCUUAUCGAUGGGUCGAUCGGCAAGAGUUUCUGAUACCAUAUCAGCAGGAGAACCCAGGGCGGGGGACGGCGCAACGAUGA